AUGAAUAAGUAUUUGAAGGACAAAAUGAGUACACAGUAUAUAAAUGAGCCGUUGACGACAGGAAAGGUGAUUCUGCACACUACAGCUGGUGACAUUGAGAUUGAGCUAUGGACGAAGGAAUGCCCACUAGCUUGCCGGAAUUUCAUACAACUGUGCAUGGAAAAAUACUAUAAUGGCACGAUUUUCCACAGAUUGGUCAAAGAUUACAUCAUACAAGGCGGUGAUCCGACUGGAACCGGCCGCGGCGGUGAGAGCAUCUACGGUAGACCGUUCAAGGAUGAGUUCCACCAGCGAUUGCGGUUUAAUCGCAGAGGGCUUGUUGGGAUGGCGAAUGCUGGUAAAGAUGACAAUGGUAGCCAGUUUUUCUUCACAGUUGGUAACGAUGUUCGCGAUUUGGACAAGAAGCACACUCUCUUUGGCAAGAUUGUGGGGAACACAGUCUUCAACAUGUUGAAAAUGACAGAAUGUGGAGUAGAUGAUAAUGAAAGACCCAUGACCAUCCAUAAAAUCACUGGAGCUGAGAUAUUGACCAAUCCUUUUGACGACAUCAAGCCGAGAGAACGUGUCAAAGAGAAGAAAGAGAAGAAAAAAGAGAAGAAAACUGUUGAGACGAAAAAGCUCAAUCUAUUGUCGUUUGGUGAUGAAGCGGAAGAGGAUGAAAUGGAAGUGGAACAAGUAAAUCAGCAACUGAAAAAGAAGGGAAAGUCCGCUCACGAUAUACUUGCCGACGAAAAGCUCAGCAAGCAAGUGGCUGUAACUGCGGAUGAGAUGGCGGACUAUGAUCCAAAUGAAGACGUCGAACGCGACACGACAUCUGUAUCAGCUGUGCGAGCAAAAUUUGCAGCGAAGAGAAAGAUAGAUGAAGUCGAUGAUGAUGGAAAGGAUGAAGAUUUUGAGAGAAUGAUUGAUGAGGAGCGGAAAAGACAAGAAAAAGAAAAGAUGGAAGCAAUGCAAACGGAGCUGAAAGCUAUGCAGAAAGAGUAUGUAAAAGCCUUAAGAAAGCCUAAAGAGAAAGAUGAUAAAGAGGAGGAAGAGCCGCAGACUGAAGGAAUGCAAAUGUAUACUAGUCUGAAGCUAAAAUUUAAAUCAAAAUCCAAAAACAUCGUGAGGACAAAAGAUCCGCAUCGAGAAGAACAGACUAUGAGCCUGCUGGAGCGAUUUAAGAAGCGCUUGUCUGCAUCAAAUCAGUCUGCUAUCUUACACGACAAGAAAAUAGAGAUCAAAGAAGAUGAAGAAAAGAAGGAAGGUGAAGAGGAAGAAAAGAAGUUUGGCAUAGAUCUGGACGCAGAGGACAUCGUGGGAAAUGAAUGGAUGGUCCACAAAUUUGAAGCCGAAGACGAAGAUCCAAAACUAUCGAAAGCAAAGGAUGCUAAUUUGAGGGAAGAGAGUGAAGACUGGUACAGUAUCACCGAUCCCCGGAACAAGAUGAAUCAACGGAGACGGGGAGAAAUCUGAUUUUUUUGUUGCUGUGAUUUGGGAUUUGUUGAUUGUUGUGAUCUCUGCUAUAA